CGCGCAUACACAAUCGAACAAAUGACAAAGCUUAUCUUAUCAAUAGCCAGAUUAUGGAAAUAUAAAAAGGUUGAUGCCAUCACUCUUAAAAAUCAAGUACUACAUUACUAUAGUGGAGAAGGAGCCUUUCGAUCCGGUGGCAAAGUCUCUACAGCUCGCGACUACUGGCUUGCAAUUCCGACAACUCCCCAUACAACUAUUGUGAAAAACUUCGCACUUAGGAUCCACGAGCUGGUGGCACAUGCAGCUGGUGUAGAAGGUGUUUUCAAUGUAAUGGGAGCAACCAAAACUAAGUAUCGUAAUCAUAUGACUGUGACACACCUGAAGAUGAUAUCGCAGAUUGAGCUCGAAUUGAAAGCUGAAGACGCUGCUUGUGAAGAUGCAAAAGGAGAAGAAAUAACUACCAUAGAUUACGAGGAUGAGUCCAAUACUGGAAUUUUCUCAGGCGUUGAUGAUCUGCAAGAAUUUGAGGACGGUGUUUUUGCUCGACAUGACUCGCAUGAGGAAACUGACAUUGAUGUGCAUGAGGACGGUUUCAUCGAUUGUCUAUUUGAUCUCAACGUUUUUGGUCAUACACCAGAUGCUCAUACCAGCCAAGCAGAAGAUGAUGGCAACAUUAGUGAAGGCGACUCUUGGGAUGAGAAUGACCUCUGUGGAUAGUCACUGUACAGUGUAUAUACUUGUUUUAGUUGAAGGUGAUAUCCAGGACCAUGAUUAUAAAAAUUGUUUUUGUCUUUC